AUGAGAAAGAUUCUCCUUGAUAAGGUUCGUGAAGAUUUUUCACAACGACGACCUUCUCCCCAAUCCUUUAAUAUUAGUAGUAAUAGUAAUAGUAGUUGUGGUAAUAGUAGUUCUCAUUCAGCCAUUCCACAACCACCUCCAAUGCUGUUGCCUUCGAACAUGGAAUCAUCCUCUCUUCUCUCCUCCUAUCCUCUCCCAACAAUGACAACCAUGUCCUCUGUUGUUAGUGAUGAGGAUCAUUGUAAUGAUAACAACAAGGACGACGACCACCAAUCCUCAAAGAACAAUACCAAAAAGAGAAAGUCCAAUGUGAACACCUAUAGGUGUGAAGGAUCGACGAAUCCAGAAGUAAACGCCACUCACCAUUCCUCAAUGACAACGAUUCAGACUCGAAAGAGAGCUAAAAGUCAUGAAGUUGUUCCAUCCACAACCACCACAACCAAUACUACCACAACCACCACUUCCAGCAACCACAAGAACACGACGACCCAUAGUGAUGAUCAUCAAACCAUUUGUUGCAUUGAGGGUUGUUCCAGAGAUGUCUCCAAUCGAUUGAGAUUCUCCCUGAGGUGUCCCACUGAAUUCAAACGUGAUUUCAUUGCCUCUGAUUGGAAUAAUGUGUGUAAUUAUUGCUAUUUCCAUGACUUGUAUCAAUGGAAAAAGACCAACAUGAUGAUGUCUAGUAGUAACAAUCAUCACUCAGAUAAGAAAGCACCACAAGUUCACAGUGUUGCUGCUUCUCGAAAACGAUCCAAAUCCAAUGCCACAACAACCGCAAUUACAAACACAUCGACCACCACUUCAUCCUCCUCGUCCUCAUCACUACCAUCAUCACUCUCUCAGAUCGAAACGACUUCCACCGCCAUGAUGAUGAUGAUGCCUACAACGAACUCUCAACAUGAGGACAACAAAAUGACAACGACCAAUAAUACCCAUGUGGAUGUCAAUACCAACCAAGAAUGGACAUCCACAACACACUCUCCAUCCUCCUCUUCCUCCAUGUAUCCCAUGAAAAAGAAGGUCAUUGCAAAGAAACCUCUCAAGAUUGACACAAGUUUCACCACAAGUACAAGUACUCAAUUGUGUCCACCCUCUCACAUGAUCUUAAGGGGAGUUCAUGGUCCAGUAUCAUCCUCCUCCUCCUCCUUAUCUCAACAUGUUCAACAUGUUCAACAACAACAACAGACCUUACUAGUGGUGGAUCCAUCUCCAGUGCAUCGAGAAGAUGUCAAUACUCUGAUCAAAUUCUUACAAAUUGCUUCCAUGAAUGGCAUGUAA